CAUUACAUGGGUGUUGAUUCAUACAAUUUAUUGUGUGAUCAUAUUUCUCCGGAAGAACCAGAAGACAAAACAUACGAACAAAUAGUGAAGUGUUUGGAUGAGCUGUUCGACCCGAAACCCCUCGAAAUGGUGGAACUAUGGAAGUUUCGUCAACGACUUCAGACUGAAGGCGAAACUGUAACGGAGUUCAUCACGGCUUUGCAAAAAGUGGCGGCUAAUUGUGAUUUCGGGCAAUAUUUGACAAAGGCGCUCAGGAACCAGCUAGUUUUUGGUGUACGAAAUCCAAGAAUACGCAACCGGCUGAUUGAAGAAAGAAAUCUAACACUGGAAAAAGCUAAGCAAAUUGCUUUAGCCAUGGAAGCCGCCGGAGAUGGCGCUGAAGUGCUGAAUAGCAGAAGUGCUGAAGUGCUGAAUAGCAGAGGUGCUGAAGUGAAAGAAGUAAACAUCGUGAGCAACACAACGAAGAAAAACGUCGAGUGUUAUAGAUGUGGAGAAUCACAUUUUGCAUAUGUAUGCAAGCACAAAAGAACCGUCUGCAAAAAGUGCGGGAAAAUUGGACAUUUGCAGCGCGUCUGUCGCACGAACAAUAGAAGCAAAAGUGUGAGGUUAAUUGACGAACAACAUCAAGACAGCGAGGAGAACGAAGAGAUUGCAUAGAAUACUGUGGAUACAGGAUCGACAAGUACGGUAUUCACAAAAUGAAGGAGAAAAUUACUGCCAUUCAACUAAUGCCAAAACCAAGGAACAAAGAUGAGGUAAGAGCUUUUGUAGGCCUUGUGAAUUAUUACGCGAGAUUUAUCCCAAAUUUAAGUGAAAAGAUCUAUC